AUGUCGUUCAGAAAGCUCACCACGCUCAAGAAAAAGGAUAAAUCUAAGAAAAGUACCUCGAGUGUUCCUUAUGCUCAUGAUCCAGAUCUCGCCUACGAUCGCACUCGGAACAAUCUUAUCGAGGGCUUAAAGGUCGCAAAGGCAGUGGGUGAGGCUAGCUCACUUCUCGCACCGAUGAAAGCAGUCUGCGAACUUGGUAUUCUCUUCUUGGAGACGACAAAGGCCGUGGAUGAAAACACGUCGAGUCUCAAGCAGCUUCAACAGCGGGUCUCUAGUCAUAUCGAAAUCUUACAGGAUGGUCUUAAGAGUUUGCCUUCCGGGACGCGAGGACCCGCGGCGAUUACCGAGUUUCGGCACGCGCAGCAGGAGUAUAUAGCUGGUCUAAAUGCCAUCCGGGAUAGACUCAACGACAUGCUCCUCCGACGAGGCAGUGGCAGCGUCCGUAGUAUUCUCGGAAAGAUUGGAGAUGCGCGAAUUGAUCCGGGGAUUAUUGCAUCGAUCAAGGAGGACAUUUUCCACCAGUCAAGAAUCUUUGCUGAGGCGACCAAGAGGCCCAUGAUUGAUCUUCAAGAAGAAGUGUGGAAAAUGGCCAGUCUCGGGCCUGAGCAAGCCAGACCAAUGGGUACUCAGCACAAGCUCUGCUUACCUGGGACGCGACUUUCAGUUCUCGGAGAGAUCCGCGACUGGGCUACUAGUGACGACUCUGAAAAGCCCGUCUUCUGGCUGUGCGACAUCGGUGGUACCGGUAAAUCCACUGUCGCGUUUACACUUUGUCAUGAAUGGGACGCUACUGAUCAGUUGAUUAUCACUCGUUUCUUCUUCUCGAAGAAUGCACGGUCUACUUCGGAAACGGACAUUGUCUGCACGACGCUUGGCAAGGACCUUGGCGCAAAGGACGAUACAAUACGAAAAUACGUUAAAGAAGCAUUUGAACAGGACGAGCAGCUCGGUACGCGACCGCUGGCCUACCAAUUUUCGAAGCUCGUAGAGGCAUCCAUACAGCUGACAGCAAAACGCGUGAUUUUCGUCAUUGAUGCCAUCGAUGAGUGUAGAGCGGACAUGAGACGCGAUCUUCUCGCUCUAAUUGUCAAGCGGCUUCCGACUCUGCCAAAUCUGCGGAUACUCCUCACCAGCCGCCCUGAGCCAGAUAUAAUGACGUUACUUCAGGGAAUGGCCAUCGUUCGUAGUAUGCAAUACGAGCUCCAGGGACGCGAUAAUCAAGCAAACGUUGAGGAUAUUAGAAUCUACGUCGAGAAUCAUUUCACAGGGCUCCUCACCCGGUCGGAGCGUCAACAACUCGUGGAUAAGGCAAAUGGGCUCUUUAUAUGGGUUGCUACCGCCCGUCUAGAGCUCGAACAGGUGGAUGGUCCAGACGCUCGGGUCCGUACACUCACAAGUCUUAUCUCACGAGGCGAAGGUGGCGACAUUAAUCAUCUGUAUGCCAGGAUCCUUCGUCGUUUGUCUCAAGAGACCUCCCUCGACAAGGUGAAGAAGAUCAUAGGAACCAUUUCAAUUCUUCUUGAGCCAGUUUCCAUACGAGUGCUCUCCAAGCUCAUCAGCAUAGAUCCCGACGAUUUGGAACCAAUUAUAAGCUCUAUGCGUAGCGUACUACGCGCAGAGAAUGUUGUCGAGUUUCUUCAUCCAACAUUCCACGAGUACCUUCACAGUAGUCGUAAUGAAGAACUGCGAGUGGAUGCCGGGGUCUAUCACUCGGACGUUGCUAGGACGGCCCUGGAAGUUCUACAGGCUGAUCUUCGACAAGACGUCUGCAACAUUUCAAUCCCGGAUCAUCGCUAUCCGGAUAAUAAUGAUGUGAGCGACUUGGAAGGUCGCUUGAACGCCCUCUGGACUCACUCACCGGCGCUACUGUACUCGGCAAGGUACUGGUCUGCACACGUUAUCGCGGGAAUAUCUCGUGAAGAAGUCAUGGUCCAUCUAGGGUCGUUCUUAAGAAACUCGAUGCUCUACUUCAUUGAAUUACUCAGCUUAAUUGGUAAACUGGUAUGGAUUAAAAACUUUGAAGAUGUUCGCAGGUGUCUCAGAACUUAUACCGCCUAUCAAGAAGAACGCGAGCUUUGUCGCGAAAUACUAUGCGUAGUAUCAACUAAUCGCCCUUUCAUUGAACGCAGCGCAUUGCAUAUAUAUUCUUCGUCGCUUUAUCUGCUCCCUCGAAAAUCAAAACUUUAUGCGAGAUACCACGAACGAUUCAAGCACGCACUCCCAAAGGUCUUAUACGACCAGGAGGUCACUAUACCAUCAUACCUCGAGCUUGUCGAACAGGACACGCGCAUAAGCUGUGGCGUCUUCUCACCAGAUGGAACCUGCGUUGUCUCCGGGUCAGAGAACGGGUCAAUACGGCUCUGGGAUUCAGUUGCCGGUGCGGCAAUCGGGGUGCCACUCCGAUGUGGAAAAUUUUCUGUCCAAACCGUCUGCUUUUCAUCCGAUGGCACAAUGGUUGCUUCCUGCUCAGACUAUGAAGCCAGAUCUGGUAGCAUAAUGCAUAUAUGGGAUGCGUUUAGAGGCGUACAAGUGGGCCAGCCAAUGAUAGCAGCCGAUCUGACAACUCUGAAGAUCAGCUUUACAACAGAGUGCGAUCGUCUACUCGCAGCAGGCUAUAAGCCUGAUAAUCUGGUCGACAAUCAUGAGAUCAAUUUGUGGUCGACCACAGGCUGCCAUCUUUCCUGCGCGACUGUUGGCUCGUUUGACGUCGAUCUUAAUAGAUACAUGGACUACUACAAAGCGAGCUUGGUCAGCGUCACCGCAAAUACCAAGCGAGUAGUCUAUGGACUUCAAUCGGACCGCAUUGCUAUCUUUGAUGUGGUCACUGAGAAGAGAUUGCAAGACCUAGUUGUAUUCUCUCCAGGUGAAGAAUCAAUAAGGGGAGUUGCUUCCUCUGCUAAUGGUGACUUGAUUGCUGCUACCCAUUAUAAUCGUUCACAAAGUGAAUUUGUGGUUUCUGUUUGGAUGGCCGCUACCGGAGAUUGUAUCCUACAUUUCACAAUGAGGUCGCCCUUUCAUAUAGCAUUCCUGACGUUCACGGCCAAUGAUACCAAGAUUAUCCAUAUGAUUGGGGGCGAAUAUGUGGUCCUGGACAUUGCAACAGCACAGUUGGUCUGGGGUAAUCUCCGACAUUACAGGAUGCAAAACUUGGAUGUCUCACAAACAGACUUUCGUGCUCUUGCUCGUUCGUUUAGUGGCACCAGCCUGCUCUGGGAUUGCGAUCCUAACGGGGAACAAGACGUUAGCCAGACAGGCCUCGGGUCAAUUCAGUGUAUGUGCAUUUCUGAUAGCAAAUUGUGGUUUGCAACCUGCACAUAUCCUGGGGAACUCCAGGUUUGGGACGCGUUUGAUGGUCGGCGCAUCGGCAGGCCAAUGCCCGGGAACACGCUUGUUACUUUCAUGGAUAUUUCACCCGAUGAUGCGCAAAUAGCAGCUGGAUCCUGUUUUGGAGAUAUCAAGAUAUGGGAUCGAAUCACGGCCACGAUGAUCGGUGAAGUCAAUGUCUCAGUAACCCCAGGUUUAUGGGGCCUGCGGUUCUCAUUGGAUGGGGAAACAAUUGUAGCGCGUUCAAUUCCUGACCACAGUUCCCGUGAAAUGUUAUUGUACGAGCUAACGCGUCGCUCAGGCACUUGGGUUGCCAAGGCUGCUGGAGUAAUGCGCGAGGACACAUCAGAGGAUAACAUUUGGAUUACAGUGACAACGGAGCGUCCCAUAAUGGACCAUACUAGAUCGACUUUGGUAUACAAAGACGGCUACAUCUCCGACUCCCGUCGUCCCCGUCUGCAUUUUGGACUUUCUUCUGGCAUCGAGAUCCUCCAGUGGCUUUCAUAUGAUGACAAGAUUGCUCUCAGAUGUGACGACGGUUGGUCCAGAUGGCUUGACUUUACAAACAUAGUCAUGUCGCCAUGA